AUGAACACCAGGAUGUCCUCUUGGCAGCCCACACCAAAGCCGUCCAAGAAGAACUGGAAAAAAAAUAGAGCUGAAGCUAGAAAACUUGCAUUUCUAGAGAUGAACAAAGAAGACACUUAUGAGAAUGCAGUAGCUGAAAUACCAGUAACCUUUGAAGGCACUUGGUCAAGGCAAGGCUAUUCUGCCAAUCACUGCACAAGCUUUGUAAUAUUGGCAGCUUCUGGUAAAGUGCUUGACUUUGAAGUUAUUUCUGAAGUCUGCAAUCAAUGUAACCAGAAGAAGGUAAGUUGUUCACAAGAGGAGUUUGAGGAGUGGUUACAGACUCAUGACUGUCAAGGUAGCUAUGGUGGCUCAAGCUCAAGUAUGGAAAUGGAGUGCGCCAAGCAAUUAUGGCGAAGAAGUGCACAGUAUUGCCUAAUGUACACCCCCGUUGAUUGA